GGGGUGUGGGUGGGAAGGUUGUAAAAAAGAUGGCCGCCUCCGUCUCGGGCUACACUUUCAGUUCUUUAGUUUAUCAUCACGCUAACAGCCCCUCGGACCAUGAAGGUUUUCUUUUGGGAGAUGUGAAACAACUCGAGACUUUCAGUAUUAGUGAUUCACAAAUCAGCAACACAGAGCUUCUGCAAGUAAUAGAAAUCCAUAACCAUGAGCCUGGUUACCAACUCUUUAGCUUUUAUGACUAUGCAGGAAGAGUUGAUGAAGAAAGCCUGGAUAGAAUCCUGAAAGGGAGGAGGAAAAAUGUUAUUGGCUGGUACAGAUUUAGAAGGAAUACGCAGCAGCAAAUGUCCUACAGAGAACACAUUAUCCAUAAGCAGCUGACAAACAUCCUCGGAGUGCCUGAUCUAGUCUUCCUUCUAUUUAGCUUCAUCUCCACAGCAAACAACUCAACACAUGCAUUGGAAUAUGUGCUCUUUAGGUCUAAUCGCCGGUAUGAUCAGAGAGUUUCACUCGCUAUUCCAAAUUUGGGGAACACUAGCCAACAAGAGUAUAAGAGUUCCUCAGUGCCAAACACAUCGUGGAAUUAUGACAAGGUGGUAACAGAACAUGGGGCUGAGUUCUUUGACAAAGAUGGGGUGAUUAAAGAUAUCCGGGCCAUUUAUCAGGUGUACAAUGCACUUCAGGAAAAACUGCAAACUGUAUGUGGAGAAGUGGAAAAAAGUGAACGAACAGUUGAAAGUUAUCUACUCGAAGUGGACAAACUGAAAAAACAAAUAGCACGUCGGAAAAGAGAGAUUGCAGAUGAAAAGAAACUUCAAGAAGCUGCACUGAACAGAGGAUUAGCUGAAGAAAAUUCAGCACAUGUGCCUACUCCGAGGUUCUGUCCUGGACAAGCAAUGGAAGUGCAUAUGCAGGAAAGCUCGGACUUCCCUGUUGCUCUAUUGCCUAAUUCUGAUCAUUCUGAUGUUACAGCUAGGGGCAAUUUGCAGGUGAUUAGUAGCGUUUAUGUGCCUCGGUUACAGGGUGUGGGUUCUACUGGUAAACCUUCAACAAGCGCAAUUGCACCUAACUAUUAUGGAAUCAGAAUUGGGAGUCCCCAGUCACAAAAAGCACAUGGAGACGGUCUUAAUAAAGAAGAGGACAAUUAUGAAAGCUUACACGAACCUUCAGAAACAUCUGACAAUGAACAUGCUGCAUUGGGUGACAUGUGUCUGAAUUCACAUCCAGAUGAAGAUACAAGUGGCCCUCAAACUUCACAAAUAUAACAGACUCUUAGGCACUAAUUUUGUGAUGCACAUUAAUUUGGAAGAAAUGAGAAAGAUGGUGUUCAGGCCAAGCAAUUGAAUUGAUGUGUCACAGGAAGGUUUCUGUGCGCAGAAAGCUUAAAUAUUCUACAUGUGAUGGCCAUUGCAUAGUGAAAAGUGUGCUUUCAGAUAACUGGGAUGUAGGAUUAUUUGUCUGUACUAUUUGGAAAGAUUCACAUGUAAUAGCCAAAAAUUGCUUCCAAUGGCACAACACAACUGUUGGCACACAAUGUAAGCACCAGAUAUUUUGUUUUUUUUUAAAAUGUGGUAUCACAGGUUAAACCAAUCGCUGCUGGGUCUGUACCUAAUGAAGAAUUUGUUUUAAAUUGACAAUACUGUACCUCUUGCACUAUAUUUUGUUUUGCCUUUUUUGCAGGCUCACAAAAGGGAAUGUUGUCAGUGGUCUUCAAAAUUUAUCCCAUUAAGAGCCAAAUUAGUGCUUGUUGAAUUCUUCAUAGCCUAAUUGGAGCAAAAAUGAUUAUAUGGUUGCUUUAGCUUGCACGCAAGAUUAUCUGUGAACAAAACUAAUUUGAAAAUUUUGGACUGGUGUAAGUGUACUGCAUUACUACACUGAACCAUCCAGUCCUUUUAAAAAUGAGAGUGUAAAUUGCCAAUUAUAUAGUCUGAAAGACUUGGUUUCUUCAUCAAUAAUGUGCCUGACUGGUGUUAGUAAAGCAAAAUUUGUAUAUAAAAACAUUCACUGCUCCUGCUUACUAGAAUUAUUGCUAUAUUCCAUUUUGAGUGCUCUAAAUUUCUUGAUGUUAUUGCAAUUCAUUUUGCCAAAUUUUGUCUUUUCUAAGAAGCUGCAGAGAGGUUUCACUUCAUAAAAUAUGAUCGUCACAAAUUUGCUCAUGGAUUCAGUGAUAAAGGAAAAUUGAAAUUAAUAGAAGCAUCCCUUACAGGAGAAAAUGAAAAAUUAAGUGUUUUGAUUUACCAGCUCCUUAUUUUACCCAAAUGGCAUUGCCAAACAUGAAAGCUAUCAAGUUAACUUUAUGAAAUCCAUUAAACCUUUGUACAUUGGAGUAGUUGUUUAAUCUUGGAAAAGGUGACAAUCUUUUUUACAACUUGUGACAAGGAUUUAUGGAGAAUUUCCUUUGCGCUAUAUUUGCCAAUCACAGGGAGCUUUGACAUUAAUGUACCCAAUCCUGUACUCAGGAAUUUCUCAUGUGCACAAAUGUACAUGUAUAUAUAGAAUGUAAUGCACUGUAUCUGCUUCAAAAUGAGAGUUAACUCCAAGCCAGUUUUGUAAAUCUGAAGGAACCCACGAUGGUAAAUUUCUGGUCAAGAUUUAUCUAACUAUAUUUGAAACACAUUUUUUCUUAAAGUUUGUGCUUGAUGAAGAAAGUGUACUUUACCCAAGUGUGUUUUAAGCCUUGAGUAGGUUUUCAACCUGUACAAUACCAAUUUUAUUCUCUCCCUUUUUUUCCCCCUGUAACAAAUCUGAUUUGGUGUGCAUUGCAACUGAUUAGUUUGCUUUUAUGAAUGUUUCAGCUUGACAUGCCAACAAACAUGAAAGGAAAAUAUGUUAGUGAUUGAUGUGUUCUUUUUCUUCAGUAUUUGGCUGAUCCCUGAAUGAUGCUAUAUUUUUGUAUAACCAGAACAGCGCCAAUAUUUAUAUUUUCCAAAUUACAAGAGUAUGCUUGUUGCCAUCUAAUGAUAGGACUUGUGGUGACAGAAUUUUGCACAAGAUUUAAAUUUCAAUGUUGCUAUAGCUUGCUGAAUUCAAGUUUGUGAUAUUUGGGAAUGGUGAUUACAGAAAGUUUGCAAGUGAAGCAUUUAAAAUUGGACAAUGUAAAUUUUAUCCUAAUCAAAACUAAUAUAAAUUUAGAUCUAAAAGAUAAGCUGUUACUGCAGUAAUAUGAUGAACUGGAAGAAAUUAACCUGAGCUUUAGGGUCCCAUUUUAUUUGCAAAAAAAAUUAUAAAAUUAGUUUUUUGAAGUCCGUCAAGGUGCAUCUAGUUUCAAUGGUAGAUGUACUAAAAUAGUUAAUUUGAGAUUAAAAAUAAAUGUUUCAGAAUCUAAUUUAUCCUGUAAUAUUUGUUCCGUAACUUCUAAAUUGAGGCUCUGCACACUCGCAGCUAUCAAAUUGUUACAGCUUGGUUACAGUGGUGCAUUAUUUUAUGCACUCUCAGAUCGGUCAGUGUUGCCUGUUAGUGAUGCAGAAAGUGGUCUGAAUAUUAUAUACAGUGUAAUUCUGCCACUGUGUGCACAUUUGGAGACAGAUCCUUUCUCCACCACUGUCAUCCCUUAAAGCAUCAACUUUCAGUUUUAAAUGGUGCCUGUUUUAAUUUUCAGCAAGCUUAAGUUCCAUGGUUCCAGAAAUGUUAAGAACCAGUGUUUGUGGCUGUAAAUAUUGCUUGGGACCUAUGUAAAUGCAAAUCUCUGUUCAUAUUUUUCCCAGUUAAAUCCUAAUUUGUUAAAUUUAAAUUCAUGUUUUUAGUUGUGUCAACCACAUUUUUCAGCAUUUGUGAACUAUAAAGUUGUGUUCCCCCACACCCCUCCACUGUAUACAAAAACUUUGAACUCAUUGGUAUUAGGGAUACUGUCUCUUUUGUGGACAAUGACUGCACUCUCAUUUUGAUCUAAGCUGCAGGAACAAAAUUAAAUAUAAGUGUUGAAUGCACCCAUUUAACAUUCAUUUCAAAUUGUAUUUGCUUAAUCCAUUAUUACUGGUUUUCUGAAACACCGUAAUUUCUCAUUUUUAAAAGCUGCGCAAAUGGCAGCUAUUUUACAAAGCUGUACUGUCACAGAAUAUUUAAGCUACAAUUGCAGUAAUAUUUUGUGGUGUUCAUAGAACUGUACUAAGAAUGAUUCCUGGUGAAGUUUUGGUAAUAAAUGUUUCAUGUCUAGAAUCCAUACAUCACUGACUAACCAGUUUCUGAUGAUUGAUAUCCCAAAGAUGCUCCCAUAAAAUCAGACAAAACAGUGAUUGAUCCUCAUUGAGGACCAAAUCUUUCUCUGAAAUUAGUAAAGCUAACCAACGUGGAAUAUAUUCUAGCCAUUCAUUUGUGCUCAGAAUAGUUUUGAGGGAGAAGCUGAAUACUUGCACCAUUUACUAUUUUUAGAGAAGGAAGCUCCAAUAGUUACUGACCCAGCUUGUGGUAUAACAUUGGAAUGUUGAUAAUGACAGUGGUGAUACCAUGUCCAGUGGCCAUUUCACCAGAGAGGAAGGUUCUCAAUAUCAUAUGCUACAUAAUUUUGAAUGCCAGUGUUGGUAUUUAGUAAAAUGUACUUAGGUUAGAUUGAUUCAGAAUUAUAAAGUAUUCACUGGCAGUUUAGAAAGUUACAGUGAACAAAUCUUAGCAUUGCACUGUCUGAAAUAUCUGGAGUCAGCAAGUUAGUGCUAAAUGAUAAUGUGGAAAGAAUGAAGAUUGUUAAUUUUUUUAUAAUAUGCAUAUACACAAUAUUGUAUAGAGUCUGUAAAAUAAGUGGCAAAGGAAAAUGCUUCAUGGAUAUUAUCUUCACUGUCCUUGGAAAUUAUUGAACAAUUGAAAAUAAAAAAAAGUGA